GACGCUCUCUUUGCUUUUCCCCACGAGUGACCACGGCUAGAUAGGCCGCCGGCCAGAUGUGGCGGGGGAGAGCCGGGGCUUUGCUCCGAGUGUGGGGGUUUUGGCCGACAGGGGUUCCAAGAAGGAGACCGCUAAGCUGUGAUGCUGCGUCGCAGGCGGGAAGCAAUUAUCCCCGCUGUUGGAACUGCGGCGGCCCAUGGGGCCCCAGGCGGGAGGACAGGUUUUUCUGCCCACAGUGCCGAGCGCUGCAGGCACCUGACCCCACUCGAGACUACUUCAGCCUUAUGGACUGCAACCGUUCCUUCAGAGUUGAUACUGCGAAGCUCCAGCACAGGUACCAGCAACUGCAGCGUCUUGUCCACCCAGAUUUCUUCAGCCAGAGGUCUCAGACUGAAAAGGACUUCUCAGAGAAGCAUUCGACCCUGGUGAAUGAUGCCUAUAAGACCCUCCUGGCCCCACUGAGCAGAGGACUGUACCUUCUAAAGCUCCAUGGAGUAGAGAUUCCUGAAGGGACAGAUUAUGAAAUGGACAGGCAAUUCCUCAUGGAAAUAAUGGAAAUCAAUGAAAAACUCGCAGAAGCCGAAAGUGAAGCUGCCAUGAAAGAGAUUGAAUCCAUUGUCAAAGCUAAACAGAAAGAAUUUACUGACAAUGUGAGCAGUGCUUUUGAACAAGAACAAUGAUCAGGAUCAAAACAAUCUGACCACAAAAAUAAAUCAGAUCAACAUUGCCACAUCUUUGGAGGAACUUCAAAGAAACUUUCUCUUACCUGUUACCAUCAGCUGGAAAGGCUGCAGGGCCUCCCGACAAACCACGUCUGAUUUGGGGAAUAAAUAAAAAAGACAUUAUUUCUGAGUCAUGGCUUCUGAGGUGAGUGGGCUUACUUUUUUCUCCCCUCUCUUCCAAAUUCUUUGCCUUCUCAUCUGAAGUUUAACUGCACUUCUAAAUCCAGGAACCCUUUCAGGUGUUCCCUAACAAAGCCCUGUGGGAGGUAUGCUAAUAGACGGCUGAAAAGUUGGCAGCCCAAUUUGGCUUAAAAUUUCAGACCAACAAUUGAAGCAAAUGAAGCCCCCCCUGCCCGCCCCCCCCAACACACACACACACAGGCACACACACACAGUUCCCAAUAUAGUGUCAGAACAAAUCAGAGGUUUCAACUAAUUUGUGACUAUGUCUUCCCAGAGUUUGGUGUCAGACAGUGCUCGUGUUGUGAACUGAAUGAUUUUGUCCCCCAAAAUUCAUUAUGUUGCAGUUCUGGCGCCUCUGAGGAAGUAAUUAAGAUUCUACAAGACAGAAAGAGAAACUGAAACUGACCAUGCUGGUACCUUGAGCUUGGACUGCAGCCUCCAAAACUGUGAGAAAAUAAAUUGCUGUUAUUUAAGCUACCUAAUACCUGGGUUUAAGUCCCAGUUCCCCUAGUUAUUUCCCAUCUGUAUUUUUUUUUUUUUCAAGAAGGAGUCUCGCUCU